CUCACACCCAACAUUGUAUCUCAUGUGACCGACCACUGAACUUCCUUGAUCUGGCAAUAUUGUUCCCAUCCACCAUCAAUAUUGUCUUAUAAAUUAAACCUCUCUACAUAUACCAAUUCUCGCUCGGAUCAAAUCAUCAAACACAACCUUAGCUUAAUUAUUAUUAGCUAGCUAGCUUUGAGACCACCUCGUUCGAUCAAAUUCCCAGAAAACUUCAAAAAAAAAAAAACCUUAGCUAAUAAUUCCUUUCUAGCUAGCUUGCUUUGGUUGAUUGAUAUGGCGGCGAAGAGUGGGUUAGGAUUGGAGAUUACUGAGCUGAGAUUGGGGCUGCCGGGGAGCGGAGGCGACAAGAAAAGGGUUUUCUCGGAGGGCGAUGACGAUGAUCAUGACCGGAGCAGUAGCAAUAACAACAACAAUAAUAAGAAAAAGCAGGUGGUUGGGUGGCCGCCGGUGUGUUCUUACCGGAGGAAGAAUGAGGGAAAGAAAAUGUACGUGAAAGUGAGCAUGGAUGGGGCGCCAUUCCUACGCAAGAUUGACCUCACCACUCACAAAGCCUAUUCUCAUCUCCUCAUCGCUCUUGACAACCUCUUUGACUGCCAUGGAAUAGAUGAGGCGUUGAAGGAUGCAGACAGUUCGGAGUACGCUCCCAUAUACGAGGACAAGGAUGGAGACUGGAUGCUGGUUGGAGAUGUUCCCUGGGGUAUGUUUGUAGAGUCGUGCAAGAGAUUAAGGAUCAUGAAGAGAUCAGAGGCAAAAGGAAUUGGUCUUCAUGCAAAGAAUUUCCUCAAGGAAAUGUCAAAAGAAGGAUGAUGAUGAUCUAAAACUAUAUAUUAUAUAUGUCUUUAUAAUAAUAAUAAUUAAUUAUAAUUAUUGUUAUUAUAUACCUUAAUUUUCAUGUUUCUCAUUAUUUAAUUUUCGAGUUUGAAGUGUUGUGUAACAGCAAUGUUUUAGUGCCAUGCAUGUAACACUAGAUAUAAGCUAAGGAAUAUAUAUUAUAUAUAUAAUAUAAUCAAAUCAAUUUCUAGUUUGAUUAUAUGUGUGUUACGACGUUUGCUGUCUAUGUGUUAUCCAUUUCUAUGUACUCUCAAUACUCA